UAUUUCUGUACUCCACCCCGAAGAGCGGAGUAGCGCCAAAAUCGAUUUUGUCAGUUCGAAUUAGGGGUAGUGUGGCCGCAAUUCGAUGGUAUUGGCCUCCGGGAGCUAUCCCACAGUGCACCAUUGUGACCGCUCUGGACAGCAAUCUGACCUCGGAUGCACUGGCCAGGUAGACAGGAAAAGCCCCGCGAACAUUUGAAUUUCAUUUCCUGUUUGCCCAGCGUGGAGAGCACAGGUGACCACAGAUAGCUCAUCAGCACAGGUAACCAUGCAGGCCGAUAAUCAAAAAAGAGCACCAGCAUGGACCGUACGGGAGGUACUGGAUCUGAUUGCUAUAUGGGGAGAGGAUUCAGUGCUAGCAGAACUUCGUUCAAAGAGACGAAAUGCCAGAACUUUUGAAAAAAUCUCCAAGGGCAUGAUGGAGAGAGGCCACAAUAGGGACUCAGAUCAGUGCUGCGUGAAAGUCAAGGAGCUCAGACAAGCCUAUCAAAAAACAAAGGUGGCAAACGGUCGCUCCGGGUCAGAGCCGCGGACAUGCCGCUUCUACGCCGAGCUGCAUGCAAUUCUAGGGGGGGCCGCCACGACUACCCCACCUGUGACCGUGGAUUCCGAGGCGGGGAUAAUCUCAUCAGCUACACCUGAGGAUUCUGCGGAGGGGGAAGAGGAGGAGGAGGACGAGCUUGGGGAGAGCACCCAGCACUCCGUUCUCCCCAACAGCCAGGAUCUUUUUCUCAGCCUGACUGAAGUACCCUCCCAAGCCAGUAUCCAAGACCACGACCCCAUGGAAGGGACCUUAGCAGCUGCAAAUUCUUCAAGCCUCCCUCCUCCAUCCCGAAGGCUAUCACAGAUAAGGCGUCGGAAGAAGAAGACGCGAGACGACAUGUUCGCAGAAAUCAUGGAAUCCACCCGCAGUGACAGAGCUCAUCUGAAUGAGUGGAAGGACACGGUUUCAAAGUAUAGGAAAGAAGCCAGUGAACGUGAGGACAGGAGGGACCAAUGUGAGGACAGGAGGGACCAACAUGAGGAGAGGAGAGAUGCUCGAGAUGAGAGAUGGCGGCAGGAAGAUCAGAGGAGGCAGGAUGCAACGCUGGGGCUGCUGCGUGAACAAACAGAUAUGCUCCGGCGUCUGGUGGAGCUUCAGGAACGGCAGCAGGAUAACAGAGUGCCGCUACAGCCCCUGUAUAACCCCCCUCCCCCCUCACCAUGUUCCAUAGCCUCCUCACCCAGACGUGUAAGAACGCGGGGGGGGGAGGCUCCGUACACCUUCCCAUUCCACCCCAGUGGACAGCCCAAGCAAAAGGCUGUCAUUUUUUUAACCAUUUUUUAAUGGCCUUUUCCUUCCCUCCUCCCAAACCCCACCCGGGUUCCCUCCCUCU